CCUGCUGAUUAUACACAGUAUGAGCUCACACGGCCUUUGUCGCUUGUCUCCACAGCCCACCCAUUCGUUUGGGUCAGCCAGUGACAGAUGGUGUAGGCGCGGCCCUUGCCGAAUGGGCUGGCGAAUUAGGCCCAACAGAUAUCGUCCGUGCUUUCCAGGGCCUCUGAAAUGGCAUACUUGUUUCUAACACCGCUCUCGCCCCUACCUACCUAGGUGCUUAGCCUACACUUGAUCACCUCAGACCGACAGAGGAGUAUAAUUCGGACACACAUCUACGGCCCGACGCUCUGCGACUGCGACCCAAGUGAGCUGUACAGUGUAUUGGCACAUCGACUGGCAGCCUUCCGAUUUACCCCUUGACAGACGACGCGCGAGGUCAACCAUUCCACUGUCCAACCCGCUUUGAUUACCCACCACAAUCGCAACCGCAAUGGCUGAUCAAAUCCUCGAGCAAGUUCGCGAUCUGGCGGAGGGUCAGAUUGAUUUUGAAGGCCAGAAACUGGCAGACCUGCUUGCGACUAUCGUCCUCUCGGCAUCUGGAGCUCUCUCCUUCAUCAUCGGGUACUUGCUUCAAGAUAUUAAGCUCGCAGUCUACGUAGGGUUGGCCGGAACCGUUCUUACUUUCCUCCUCAUUGUACCCCCCUGGCCCUUCUACAAACAACACCCGGUCAAGUGGCUGGAACCAGGCUCAAGAACUGGUUCUGGAUCAGUAUAUGGGACGCAGAACAUGGCUACAAUAGAGAAGUCAGGAUAGUGGAAGUCAAGAGGUUGCCGUCAUUUCAGUAACAGUUU